AUGGCAUCUACAAAACCAAAUGUGGCCAUCAUAGGCUCAGGCCUGGCCGGCUUAAGCCUUGCACUGGCUCUGCACCAAGAAUCCAUUUCAGUUACUGUAUACGAAUCUCGUCCAGGUCCUCUCAACAUCGGCGGAGCAGUGAUGCUGUCGCCUAAUGCAUUACGCAUCCUUGACAAUCUAGGAAUUUACAAGUCAGUGAAAGAGAAAGGUUACAAUUUUGAGACCCUCCAUUACCGAGACAUAUCUGGCAAGCUGCUGGAGACUUAUGAUUUUGGAGGAGAGGAGAAGUACGGGUACAAGGGUCUUCGUAUCUACCGCUACGUCCUCAUCGAUGAAUUGCUGGAAGCAAUCAAAGAGAAAGAAAUUCCAAUACGGUUCGGAAGGAAAUUUGUGAACGUCAUCAAGGACUGUGCUACGGAUGGUGUAACUUUUGCAUUUGCUGAUGGCAGCACAGAAUCCGCCAGAAUUCUGGUCGGUGCCGAUGGCAUUCAUUCAACAGUCCGCAAAUAUCUAUACCCAAAUCUGGAACCAAAAUUCAUCGGAAUGGCAGGUAUCACAGCAGCUGUACCAUCAACCCAACUCAAGCUGCCCGAGGACUACCACAUCCCGGUGACAAUAACCUCUCCACAGGGGGGAUUUGUGAUAGCUCCCCAACAGAUCGAUGGUUCUGAGGUAUUGAUCGGCAAACAGCAACGCGUGUCCGUAGGUGGACGUGGUUGGGAUCGCGAAUUUGUUGCUGAUAAACAAGGUGGAGUGGAGUUUCUUCAGGCAGAUAAUGCGCAUUUCCCAGACUUCGUUCUCAAUGCCGUCUCUAAAAUCGAUCCUGCUAAGGUCAAUAAAUGGCCGUUCUUUAUUGUUCCUAAACUCGAUAAAUGGACUUCGGAGUCGAAGAGAGUACUCAUUGUAGGAGACGCUGCACAUGCUAUUCCCCCAUCCGCUGGACAAGGUAUCAACCAGGCUUUUGAGGAUGUUUACAUUCUAGCCUUGCUACUCGGCAAGGCAGGCAAGAUUACUAGCAUGCAAGAUGCUUUAAGCUUUUGGCAGAGCUACCGCCAAGAAAGGGUUGAUAAGAUUCUGGAACUCAACAAACAGAUUGAUUUACGGCGAAUGCCAUCCGAUGAUGCAGUGGUUGGUGUUGAUAGCGGUUUUGUUAGGGAGAAAUUUGAUCUGACUUGGUUGUACAACACGGAUUUUCAGAAGACUGUUAAUGAUUGGGUUUCUGUAAACCGGAAAUAG